CCCCUUCACGCUCAGAGAUUGUCAGUCAGCAGGAGCUCGACAAAAACAGCAGCUUGUUUUUAUCAGUCGGCGACUAUUAACCAGACAUCGUUGUCACAGCGUUUAUGCUACUAUUACCGCAUAAUCACAGAGCAUCCGACACGCUGUUUGACUGGCGGGAAGACCAGGAUGUAGAGUUGUUGCCGUCGCGCACGUUCUUUAGCGAAAGGUGACAGUGGAUGUUGCUACCUCCAUCUCCCCUCUCCAGUCCCCUCUCUGUCUGCCUGCUGGAGGACUCUCUUCUCCCGACACCGAAACAGGCUGGGUGUCCUGUCCUGCUGUCUGGGAGUGGAUCGUGCUGUGGAUGACUAAGCUGACGGGGCUCCGUGCCUGCGGACGCCGGGCGGCCCGAUGCUAGGAGCGGGGAGGACGUAGAGGUGCGGGUCGGUGAUGAGAUGUCAGCGCGGGGAUGCCUCGUCUUAGAGACUGUGCUGUAGUCCAGGGUAUACACGAGUGUACCUGCCUGUCUGACCUGGAUCACAGACUAGCUGACCAACUCUUGAGCCUAACUUGUGGUGAUACAUUUAUGGAUGGUGGGGUCGCAGCAUGCCCACCCCCUCAACAACCAUCACACCCCUGGCUGGAGCGGGUAGCAUCGCUGAAGGGGGAGAGGAGCCCAUGUCUGCCGCCUCCUCCUCCUCUUCUAUCGGCUCUUCUUUCCGCUUCAUCCCUGCUUUCUGCCUGGGCGUGGUGGCAGCAGUAGUGUUUCAGCUGGCCUGGGGAGGCUUGACUCUCACCUCUUUCUUCCUGAAGUUGUUCAUCUAUGUGUCCUUUGCCCUUCUGUGUUUCCUGGCUGGGAGCUUCGUCCUGCUGGUGAGGAAGAGUCCUCUCAAAGUCAGCUGCUUUCAUAGAAGCAGGAGACAGUCAGCUGUACGGCUGGACUUCUUCACCAAGCUUAUGGCCAGAUUUUUGGUGCCACUUCCUGAGUCCAGUCAGAGCAGGAGGGUGGUGGUGUCGCACAAUGUGGACAAAGCUCUGAAAGAAGUGUUUGACUACGCCUACAGAGACUACAUCCUGUCCUGGUACGUCCCGUUGAGCCAUGAUGAGGGCCAGUUGUACUCCAUGCUUUCAGAGGACUGGUGGCAGAUGAUCGGACAGUUAAGAUCGAGGCUCGCUGAUUUCGACCUUGUCAACGUGGUGUGUUAUGAUAGCAUCCGAAUCCUGCACACUCACUUCACUGACCUCAAGGCUGCGUCUGCAAGACCGGAGGAGUGUGCACGGCCGUUUCCUCUCCAUCCCUGUUUGGUCAGUGCAGACUCAGAGCUGGCCUUCCUCCGCUGUGUAGCCAGGAUCCUGCUGCUAUGUCUGCUGCCACAAAAGGAUGCCAAGUCUCACACACUACGCUGCUGCCUCACUGAAGUCAUCACUACUAAAGUUUUGAAGCCCCUGGUAGAAGUCCUGAGCGACCCAGACUCCAUAAACCGGAUGCUGUUGUCUCAGCUGGAGCAGAGGGAGCAGCAGGCUGAGCAGCAGAAGAAAGCCUACACCUACGCUGCCUCCUAUGAAGACUUCAUCAAACUGAUAUCAACUUCUGCUGAUGUCAAUUUCCUCAAACAACUCAGGUAUCAGAUCGUGGUCGAGAUUAUUCAUGCCACCACCAUCAGCAGUCUGCCUCAGCUCAAGAAGCAGAAAGAUCGUAAAGGUAAAGAGUCAGCAGCCAUGAAAGCAGACCUGCUCAGGGCCCGGGACAUGAAACGAUACAUCAAUCAGCUGACUGUAGCCAAGAAACAAUGUGAGAAACGGAUCCGCCUCCUCGGUGGACCAAACUAUGAGAAUAACGAGGAUGGAGGAGCUGACGACAGCGAUGAGCCUCAGAGUCAAAGGAUUCUCCAGUUUGACGACAUCAUGUGUAAUCCAGGUUACAGGGAGCAUUUCAGAGUUUACAUGGAAAAAGUGGAUAAGAGAGCUCUGAUCAGUUUCUGGGAGCUGGUGGAAACACUAAAAACUGCUAACAAGAAUGAAGUUCCCCAGAUCGUCGGGGAAAUCUACCAGAAGUUCUUUGUGGAGAGCAGAGAGAUCCCGGUGGAAAAGUUCCUCCUGAAGGAGAUCCAGCAGAGUCUGGUGGGGAACCGAGGAACCCAGGUGUUUGUGAGACUACAGGAGCAGGUGGCUGAGACGAUGAGAGAGCGUUACUACCCCUCCUUCCUGGUGUCUGACCUCUACGAGAGGCUGAUUAGACGAGACGAGCAGCUCAGCCAAUCACAGUGCAGCACUGAGGAAAAGGAAGAAGGGUGUCAGGGUCUGGAUGUUGGAGAGGAAGUGGGUGAUGAAGGCAGUAAAGGAAUCAAUGAGCAGGCCAGUUACGCUGCUACCAAGCUCUGCCAACUCUAUGACAAACUGGAGUACAAGCGACAGGCCUUAGGCUCGAUCCAGAACGCCCCUAAACCCGACAAAAAGAUCGUGACCAAACUAAAGGAGGAGAUCGGCGCAAUGGAGAAAGAACACAGUGAACUCCAGCGGCACAUCAGCAGGACUGACUGGUGGUGUGAGAACCUCGGACACUGGAAGGCAACCAUCACUGCUGCAGAGGCCACAGAAGAAGGUGGUGAGACGGUAGCUUCUUACAGUGUUUGUGUCAGCCUGACGGAAGGAGAGGAGACAGAAAACAGUCGCUGGAGCGUUCAGAGGAAACUCACCGAGUUUCAGAUGCUGCACCGCAAGCUCACCGAGUGUUUCCCAUCGUUGAAAAAACUCCAGCUGCCGUCCAUCAGUAAACUUCCUUUCAAGUCCAUCGAUCAGAAAUUCUUGGACAAGAGCAAAACGCAGCUCAAUGCCUUUCUCCAGCGUCUGCUGACAGAUGAGCGAUUGUGCCAGUCAGAGGCUCUCUACGCGUUCCUCAGCCCGUCCCCCGAGCAUCUCAAGGUGAUGUCAAUCCAGAAGAAAUCCUCCUUCUCUCUGGCCUCCUUCCUGGAGAGGUUACCUGGAGAUUUCUUCUCUCAUACUGAGGAGGAGGCUGAUGAAGACAGUGACCUGUCAGACUACGGUGAUGAAGUUGAUGGAAGGAAAGACGCUCUGGCUGAACCCUGCUUUAUGCUCAUAGGAGAGAUCUUUGAACUCAGAGGAAUGUUUAAGUGGGUGAGGAAGACUCUUAUUGCACUAGUCCAGGUGACAUUUGGACGAACUAUCAACAAACAGAUCCGGGACACGGUGAACUGGAUCUUCUGUGAGCAGAUGCUGGUGUGCUACAUCACGGUGUUCAGAGACACAUUCUGGCCAAAUGGGAAGUUGGCGCCACACGUCAAAGUCCGAACCGAUCCUGAGCGCAGUGAAACGAAGGAGCGGGCUCAGCAGAAACUACUUGACAACAUCCCAGAUGCACUAGCAAAUCUAGUUGGCCAGCAGAACGCCCGCUAUGGCAUCAUCAAGAUCUUCAACGCCCUGCAGGAAGCUAGUGCCAACAAACAUCUUCUCUAUGUGUUGAUGGAGAUGUUACUCAAGGAACUGUGCCCUGAACUCAGCGCGGAGGUGAACAUCUGAACUCACACAGACACACGGAGUCUCUGGAUCCUUUUGGCCUUUCUGUAGCUGAUCAAUCAAACUGCCAAGCUAGACAGUGAGACGGCCUUUUGGUUUAAGCUUAGACAGAGGGCAGAUGGUCAAACUUUGCUGUGAAAUGAAGAAACGCUGGGCUGACACCAGGCUGAUGUUUGACUUUGUUGUGGUACAGAUCUUUUCUGUCUGAGCGGGGAGAAACCACGUGGAGUCUUCCUAUUUAGUCGUUUGUCUUCAUAUUUGGAUCAGAUCUGAUAGUUCACAUUAACAUGAGAACUAAGCGGACUUCUGUGACCUGUUACUCCAGAUCUGUACCACAACAGGACCAAAACUAGCUGCUCUGUCCCUGCGCUGACAAUGGCGGUCUGUAGAUCACAGGGCAGGGUAUGAAUCUGCUAAACAGAACCACCUGAUUGUUUGUUUGUCAGUUUUAUGGCUGACAGUCGAAGACCCUGACUCGGUCCAGCACAGACGUCAUAGUUCACGGUUUCAUGGUCGUCUGAAGGCAACAGCGUGUGACAUCGCCCGCGGACCUCUGAACAUUCCUCCUACACACAACCUGAGCAACAACACAUGUGUUCUGUGAUUCUUGUUGAGGCUUAUAAUUGUGCAAUAUAAUGUCAUGUAAAAGUCAUUGUGAUGAUUUUAUUUAUGAUUAUUAUUGAUAGAUUUUAUUUUUACCAAAAAUUGUUUAGAGAGCGUUUAUAUAAGCAAUAAAUUGCAAAGAAAGA